AUGGAUGCUGGGGGAGGCCACCAAGCCCCGCAAGCAGCCCUAGCGAACGGCAGCGGCGGCGCGCAACAGAGCCAUCUGAACGGACACACACAGAAUGACCUCUCGCAGGUGCUGGAGGCGCUGCAGGCCAUCUACGCCCCCAAUUCCAACAACGACACCCGCCGACAAGCGACCGAGUACCUCGAACAGGCGAAGAGACACCCGGAUGCGCCUUCGCAGGGCUUCACCCUCGCGAAUGACCGGUCGCAGCCUGCAGCGCUCCGCCACUAUGGCCUCACUAUGCUGGAGUACUCGAUCAAGUACAAGUGGGAAGACUUCACUGUCGAGCAGGGCACAGAGCUGCGCGGCUCGGUGACGGAGCUCGCAAAGCAGACGGCCGAGGACGAUCCCGUGUAUCUGAGGAACAAGGUCGCGCAGCUGUGGACCGAAAUAGCGAAGCGCAGCUGGGGCGCCGAGUGGCUGGACAUGGACGAGCAGCUGGUCGCCCUGUGGCAGCAUUCACUGCACCACCAGGCCAUCGUCGUCUACGUGCUGGAGACGCUGUCCGAGGAAGUCUUCAACCGCGAAGAUGCCACGGCUGGUCUGCGAGGCAGCGAUCUGGGGCGCGCCUGCGUUGAGAUCUUUACGCCUGCAGCUGUGCUUACAGAACACCUUCCCACGCGAGACAAGGGCCUGGACGUUCGCUGUGGAGAGGAAGGAUGGCUGCGGAGGCUGUGCGACAACCUGGGCUAUUGCCUCAGUCAAGACUACCAGAACCAGGAGGCGGUCCGGACCAUGGCUGUCAAGACGCUCAAUGCACUGCGGGCGGCUAUGCCGUGGAUAAUACCAAAGGCCAUUGGGGCGACGCAAGUCGUUGGGACUUUGUGUAGGGCAUUAGCCGUGCCCGUGGUCGAGUUGCAGCUAGCUGCCAUCGAGGUCUUCCAAGCCAUCUACAACCGUCACCAUCUAAACGACGACGACUUUGGCGAGCUGGUAUGGCCAAUGUUUGCUCCGGAAAGUGUGUCGCUGCUCCGAGAAGUAUACAACUGGACCAUCGCCGAUCUGAACAUCAAUGACCUGGACGACCAGAAGUACACCCUGUGCAGGAAGCUAUCUGAGCUUGCCAACAGCCUAGGUUUGUUCAUUGAACAGAAGCCCCGACAAAUCCCCGAAAGCAGCGACUUUGGUGGCAUGCUAGGCUUCUUGUUCGAUAUUAUGCGCCAUCCGAGCCUGGUAGUUUCGAUCCCCGUCCUACACUGCUGGACGAAGCUACUCAGGUCGCCCGUUGUGCGCGAGAACGACACGAUCAAAUCCAUGAUCGCUGGUCUGCUCGAGACUUCUUGCUCGCGACUGAUUAGAUAUGAGUCAUUGCCAGAAGACACCGAGGAUGUCACGCUGCAGUUUCUCAAUGAAGACAUUGAUACCGUUCCCGAGCGACAUGCCUUUCUCGGCAACUACCGCCGCUUUUGCGCCGACAUGAUCGAGACGCUGGUACGUUGGAUUCCAGUGGAGGCAAUGGAGCAUAUUCUCGGUCAAGCGACCAAUGUGCUGCAAAACAUCUACCGUGACCAGCCUCCUUUCUCGCCACAGACAUUCACCAAGAACUCGCCGACUGUGCUCAGGGUUGACGCUCAGAUUACUGUAAUUGAUGCUGCGCUCAAAGGCUACUUGAAGUGGCUGGCAAGCCAUGGCGAGAACAUGCAAGAAGACGAGCGCAAACGAAGUGCAUUAGAAGACUCAUUCGAGCAAUGGGGCAGGCAAAUGCUGCAAGCGCGCUUCGAAGAUCCUGAGAUCGCAAGGAAGAUUGUUUCGCUCAUGUCGACGCUGUCCACGAAAGCCCUUGGUGAUCGCCCUGCUUUUGCUCUCACUUUCCUCGAGUACAUGCUCACGAUCCGUUUGGCGGACGACACUGCCUACCCAUUAUACUCAGAUGCGGUCAAGGACCUGGAGCGCAUCUGUAGUCUAGAGAUGCAGAAGCUGGCUAUAAAGUUUGCCAAUGACUUCAUGAACGUGUACGACCAACUAGAAAGCAAGGUCAACGAAAUGAUCAAUGAUCCUACGACUGACGAGCGGCAACGCAUGGCUUACUCUGCUUUCCUAUUCAUCAUCAUACAUAGAUGCACAGUACUGGAUCGCAGUACACAAGAAGAGCGGAUGCGGCUCAUGCUCAAUCAAGUCAAGGAUGCAUGGCAGAAUGAGGAGUUUGCAGGCGCUGUCACCAACUUCCAAUCAUUCUGUGGAAUCCUUGGCAUGGGCCAACUGCCCGACUUCCUCUCUGUAAACAAUUUCAGGAGCGUGAGUGAUUGGUCAAAUCAACCACUUGGUGGCGACGGACAGGCACUGCAGGCUUCGAUUUUGGAGCGGUCGCAGCAGCUUCCACUUCGCCUGACCAAGACGCUGCUUGCGGCGACGACGGAAAAGCUGCGAGAUGGUACACCAGCAUACGACAGUGCUGCGCUACUAUGGGCAGAAGCAAUUCCUAUUCUACUCCCCAAUCUUCUCCAGCUUGUCAGCCAUGCGCAAGCAUUCAAUGACAUUGACAGCAACUGGUCACAACUGCCCGUCGAACUACAACAAGUCAUUCGACGAGUCCUGACUGAUCGCUUCUGGCAGGCGGGUAUCUCCACAGAGAGUCGAGACGACUUUUUCGCAAGAGUCAGUGGCUCCAAAUCGACGUACGAAGGCUUUGCGUCUACCGUGCGCGGUACAGUUCGACAGAUUCGCGAAAGCUCGUACUUCAUUCUCUACUCACUGACACGCUUCCGCGAUGCUUUCUACGGCAUACAGGACCUGCCUGGACCACUGAGUGAAGCACUUUUUGGAGAGCUCGACCGCAAGAUCUCAGGUGAAUGGAGUGAGGUCGCUCGUCAAGUGGCGGAGUCAGGGGACAACGACAACCUGACAGAUGAGAUGAAGACGGAGAGCAUUCUUCGCCAACUCACAUACUCGUCGGUCUCGCUUGUCGCUGUCCUGCUUGACUCUCGGCAAGAGUUCGCGCGUGCAGACACUGAGUCUCGUCGCGACCCCUCCAGCCCACCGAUGUGCGACUUCAUCCUCGCCACGCCCUCGGUUCUCGAACCCAUCCUCCUUUUCUGCACCUCCACCAUCCACGUCCGCGACACGCGCUCCGUGAUAAUGAUCGUGCGCGUGCUCCGCUCCCUGCUCCCGCGCUUCAAGGAAGACUCACCAAUCCGCUCCUACUUCUGCAACGACAUCCUCAAAGCGUCCAUCACAUCCCUGCAUGAGCCCUACUUCGUCGACUGCCAAAAAGAACUCGCCUCUCUUAUCGCAGGCAUCAUCCAUCUAGACGACACAACCCCGCGCAGCAUUAUCCUCAGCUUACCUGGCAUGGCGGACGACCACCGCGUGGACCGCAAACUCGCCAAGUUGAAGAGCGUGAAUCGCCAGGAUGAGCGCACGCAGCGCGCUAUUGUGCUCGAUUUGCUGAGCAGUAUCAAGGGCGUGAGUAUUCAUGAGCAAGGCAAGAUGGUGCGCGCGGGCCCGAAGAAGAGAACUGCGUUCCAGGAGCAGUACAUGAGCGUUGACCAGCCCGUGGGAAUUGUGAGGGGUACGAGUCCGGGGUUGGCGGGCGUUAGUGAUAUGUUUGGUGGGGAGUAG